GAUUGUUGUUUUCAAAACAGUUUUUAUUUUUUGAAAUUUAAAUCAUUCUUAUGUUUUCUUCUCGGUUUAGAAAUGUUUUGUGGAACUCAGUAAAAAGUGUCAAGGGUAUCUGGAACGGUCAUAAUUUAAAACUCAAUUGUUUUUACAGUAGUACUGAAUAUUUCAAUAUAAUUAAAAAUGAGGAAAUCAAAGCAUUUUUUAAUAAACUUCAAAGUGAUGAAUUAUUUCUUAGAAAUUACUCUUAUAGCAUAAAAAAUCCGCAGGUCGGAAAAUAUGUCAGUAAAAGGAAGGAACUUUUAGAUAACUUAUCAUCUUUGUUGGAUUUAGAGAAAGUUAGAACUAAAGAAGAUGUAGAACUUAAAACUAUGCUUGAUAUUGAGUUGAAGGAAGUAAAAGAAAAAUUAUUAGAACUUGAAUACCAGCUUCUGGAUGCUGUGGUCCCUAAAGUACCUAGUUCAAAUGAAGUAAUUCUUGAAAUAAAUGCUGGAGUGGGAGGCCAAGAAGCUAUGUUAUUUGCAAAAAGUUUAUAUGAUAUGUAUUGUGGGUUCAUCAAUUACAAAAAAUGGUGUAUAACAACUGAAGAAGUGGGUGUAUCAGAUUUAGGUGGUUUAAGACAUGCAAGUAUAUUCAUUGAGGGACAUCAUGCUUCAACAUAUCUAAAGCAAGAAUCCGGUGUACAUCGAGUUCAAAGGGUUCCAUCUACAGAAAAAGCAGGCAGAAUUCACACUAGUACAGCUACAGUAAUUGUUCUUCCUCAACCAACAGAAAUAGAUGUCAAAUUAAAUUCCAAAGAUUUAAUUAUAGAAACCAAAAGAUCAAGUGGUGCUGGUGGUCAGCAUGUUAAUAAGACAGAAAGUGCUGUGAGAAUUACCCAUUUGCCUACAAAAAUAUCUGUUGAAUGUCAAACAGAUAGAUCUCAGAUCAGAAACAAGGAAAUAGCUUUUCAAAAGCUUCGUGCUAAAAUAUAUGAAUUACAGGAAAGAGAGCAAAAUACGACUAGCACACUAUCAAGAAAAUUACAGAUGGGAACUAGUGCUCGUUCAGAUAAAGUUAGAACUUACAAUUUCCCUCAAGACAGGAUUACAGAUCACCGAAUUUUGAAAACUAUGCAUAAUAUUCCUGAAUUUUUAGAAGGAGGAGAAAUGUUAGAAGAAUUAAUAACUGAAUUGAUUUUAGAAUCCAACAAGGCUAGAUUUGAGCAAUUUAUGUUAAGUUUGAAAGAAAAGGAUUUUUACAGUUUUUUAGAAAAAACAUUUGCUCAUUAGCAUAUAGUACUUUUUUGUAUGAUUUUUCUAUUAUGUUUAUGUAUUUCAUCAAAAUUCAAUUAAGUACCAUAAUUGUAAAUAUAAAGCAAAAACAAUGUGUGAUUAUGAAAAAAAAAAUAUAUAUUUUUU